AUGGACCUUCAGGUCGCUAGCGUCGAUAGCCCUGAUCCGGUCACGGCUUCUCAUGAUGACAAGGCCUCCUCAAACGGUGACCAGUGUAGAGAAGCCGCUCAGAAUAAACGCAAUGCAGUUAAAGGAAACAAAUACUUGCGUACUGAGAGCUCUGAGGAUGCCUGCUACCUCAAACAUCUCGACCCAAACGUUCGAUUUACAACAUGGGGUAUCUUCGUAUUGAUAUACGAGGUUUCGUCGGGUUUACUUCCAACAUCCUUCUCCGGCUAUAAAGGACCAUUCCGGUCGUAUCUGCGCCUCAUAGUUGACUUGUGGAGUUUGUGCAAGUGGCAUUGCGUUAAAUACUACGUGUCAAAUAUAUGGUUGGCCAUUGGACCCUCUGUCUCUUUCUGUCUUGCGUCCUCGGUUCUGUUCAAUAUCGAAAGGAAUCUCCGGUUGAAUGGUUUAGAUGGAUUGUUCAAGGACGGUUUCGUGGAUUUCUUUCGUUAUCAAAUAAUAUGUUGGUUUUUGUGUGGGAUGCUCACAUUUUACGCCGAACGAAGCCUUGCUGAGACGAGAAUCAUGAUCGGAUCUCACCUACGUGCGUAUUUUCUGCCGAAGCUAGUUAAGGCAAGCCUUGAGAUCGACCGGAAACGCCUAACUGAACGAGAUGGUCCUUUUCCAUACCCUCAUGAUUUUCCGAACUAUGUCCCGGGUUUAGAACCUUUCGAACAAGUACUUAUCAGGAUACGAUGUAUCGCUGCUGUUACCUUGCAAAUCCUUGCGAUGGCUGUAUUUAUCCAUAGCCUCGAAGAAACAUCCGACAAGUUUGUAAUGUCGUCCCUGGCUAUAUCAUUUUUCAUCGCGGCACUGCUUGCUCCUCAGAACGGCGCCGGUGGAAAGAAUUUUGGUUUCGUGACCUGUAACAAAAACUUCAAGCGCAUGCACGUCCUUUUUAGUAUCGCUUUCGAUUUCCAAUUUUGUCGAACACUUUCUAGGGAUGGAUUGACUGACUGGCUUGUAGACGAGUACAAACGAUCCGCGUCGGCUCUUGGAAUAGUCAAAGACAUCAUUGGCAUCUUAACAUGGGGGCCAGCUCCUCCAUGGUACUGGGAGCUACCAGUGACAAUAAUUACUAGAUACCCCAUGUAUGCAGUAUCGACUUUGAGAGGGAACAUCACUAGUUUGCAAGGGUCCGGACAACGAGGGUCAAUCAUGCUCAACAUGAUGGUCACAGUGCAGAGUCUAUAUCGCCUGCUCGAUACCACUCCGGACAAUGGUGGUUCAAUUGAUUAUCUGAUUGCCACAUCUGACAAAGGAGCGUCUAUCGAAUUACGAAACGUGUCCUGCGCGUACUCACAAAUGGGCCCACCUGCUAUUGAUGAAGUUAAUUUGUCCAUCAAGGCAGGUCAAUUGAUCGUUAUAACCGGAAUGAAUGGAAGCGGAAAGUCUACGCUGGUUAAUCUGAUCUCUGGCCUUAUUCGACCGACUUCUGGAGACGUCAUCAUCGAUGGGCACGAAAUUCAACGUUAUAACAGGGGACAGCUGCGCAAAGCAAUUACCAUGGUUUCGCAAACCGAAUAUAUCUAUCACACCUCACUUCGCGAGAACCUGCUGUUGGGUACACCGGAUGGCCCAUCACGCCUUGCCAACGACCAUGAAUUGGAUGAGGCAGCCACUCUAGGUGGAUGUUCAGAUUUGAUCAAAAAAUACGGAUACGAUACUGUUUUCACACCAUCUAACUUACCUAACACAAGUAUUAGAGGAUAUCCUGAAAGGCCUGUUUUGGAUGUCCUCAAGAAGAUGGAUUGUCAGCCCCAGCCGAUUAUGUUGUCUCCUGGAGAAAAGCAGCGCAUCAUUGCAUCUCGUGCAUUCUUCAGACUGAAGCAUGAAAAUAUUAAGCUUGUCAUUUUAGACGAGAUAGCCAACGCUUUAGAUACGGCGGCCGAAGCAAAGGUCUUUGCAAACUUCCGCGACAUUGCCAAAGUCAACGGACAAACUAUGGUUGUAGUUACACACCGAUUAAUGGGCAUUGCAAAGCAAGCUGAUUUGAUUGUAUGUAUGAGUAAUGGGAAACUCGUUGAGAAAGGUACCCAUCAAGAGCUUGUUGCCUCCGGGGGAGAGUAUGCUUCGCUUUACAGUGCCCAAGCGCUCAAUUGA